GCUGCGUGUGUCCUGCGGGGCGGGUUUCCCCAGUCGUCCCCGAGGGAUCCUGGAAACUUUUUUUCGGGCUAGAUGGAUGCAAAGCGAGCUAGCCACCCUCUACUGCCAUCCACGCCCGGCUCUCGCUAAUGGCCUCAGGCUUGGGGAACCCGGACUUGGCAGUGAACCUUCGGGAAUUUCUGCAGAAAGGAUGGUGCAAACUUGAUUGAAGUUUGUGGGAGUCGGAGAGGAAGAAAGAGUUGUACUUUUCAUGCUGACAACGAAAAAAAGAAACACUGCUAUGACUUUUCGUGCGACGUGGACAGGGGCCAAGUGAAGCUGGACUGGUCAUGGUCUGUCGCCUAGGGCUCCGUUGGCGUCGGCGAUUUUGCCCCCGGCCCUUCUUGGUGGGCUUAGUGGUGGCCAUCUGUGUCUUCUACCAGACCCUGACGCUCAGAGGGACAAGGAAGCUCCCAGCUGCUGCCCCCGAGGCUGCCCCAAGCUCACCCACCAGCACCCAGGCAAAGAGCUGUCCCGAAGACCUCUCUGGGGACAAGCGGUGCGUCCUUCUGUCCGAGAAAGCACAAAGUAUCAGGAGAGACCAGUCCAUGGAGACACAUUUAGGAACUAGAGGUAAAAGGCCAUGCCUACACAGAGGUCCCAUUGGCUAUGACAGCACCGAGCUCCGCGUCCUGCAGCACAUUCUCUCUCAGCAUCGCUAUGCUGUUCUCAUCGUUGAAGAAAAGCUUGGUGCUGGCUUUGGACCUGAGCUGCUAGAACAAGGUGAUCAGGGCUCUUGGGAUCUGCUCAUUUGCCUAUCUUCUAAGAAGAUUAAUGGAAAGCCCUGCAUAUCCAAGGAAGACUUGUGCCAGUUAGGUUUACAUCAAAAGGUAAAUACCUUACCAGACUUACAGCAUCAGCUAUGCAGAAAGGAAGGAUUAUGCCAAAUAAUUAGAAGAUUUCCAGACUUACAGCUUCCAGUCAGUCCCUACGUGUGUCUGGAUCGACCUGCAGAAUUAAAACGGACAGCUUCACAUCACCUCUUCAAAACAGUGAGGUCACAGGUGUGGAAAGCAUGGGAUUGGAGACGUGAACCACUGAACGAAACGGCCAUCAGGGCUCCGCAAGCUACCAACUUUGGAGCUGGAGAUCUCUCUGUGAUUCUGAAGGCAUAUGUGUUGGUGACGUCCCUAACCCCUUUGCGUGCCUUCAUUCAUUCAACCGGCACCGUGUGGAGCCCCCCGAAGAGGAAGCGCUUCACUGUCAAGCUGCAAACCUUUUUUGAGACAUUCCUGAGGGCCAGUUCACCCCUUCAGGCCUUUGACAACGUGAAGGAAGCAGUAAGCAAACUCCUGCUGGCAGUGGAAGUACUUAGUGAGACAUCAACUCUGGGACCAAAGGCCUUCAAUAGGUGCAGAUUGUGUUUUCAGCUUUUAACUUUUGACCUUGGUUAUGGCAGUUUCAGGUCCCCUCUAGUUCUCCAGGUACAUGAGCAUUUAGGGUUUCAAGAUGAUGACAAUGUGGAUUUUGAGGACCAAGCUACAGAAGAAUUCCUUUUAAAAGACACUUUCAAUUUUCUCCUCUCUAAUGAAUCUACAUUUUUGACAUUUUCUGAGAUAUUUCAGAGACUUUACAGACCAGCUGUAUUUAAAGGUGAAAACUUCUCAAACGACCUAAAUCAAUGCCUGUCUUUAGAGGAUAUUCACUCAAUUAGGACUUUCGUAAAGGAACUUGGCAGUCUGGGGCAAUUCCAACUGCUCUUCCCACCUACCGCUCCUGGGAUUCGAUCUUGGAUGCGUGACUUGUAUGCGACAGAAAACACUGUGGGGAAACCUGGCUCAGUACCGCUCCAGUACUGGUCUCUUUUAGAUGUGUAUGAACAAUUUCAACUCAUGAAUAAUAAGGCACAGCUACAUCCACUGGAAUGGGAUUUUUCCACGAAGGAUGAGGAUGCUGGAAAACCACAAGUACCAUUUGAUGCAGUUGAAAAUAAAAAAGUGGAAAUGCCACACCCGGUGAGUGAGCGCAGAGGCAGACGUUGCAGUGACGAUCAAUAUACACUCUGUCAUAUCAGUCAGAUCUUUACACAUCCACGUUUGCAACUAAACCCUGAAUUCCAUGCAAGGAUCAAAGAUUAUUACUCAGAAGUCCCAUUUGAUGUGGUCACAGUGACAAUUGGAGCGGAGACUUCUAGGUGUCAGUGCACAGUGCACCUGUCUGAGAGGGGAGGGCCAAGUUUGGCCAACUACCCUCUGGGCUUGGGGAUGAACACAAUCUCAAUGCUUGUGGUGGAUGAUUCUCCUGCACAGGGCGAAACUCUGACCGUGUAUAGACUCACCAUUUACAGAGAAGACCGCCCAAGUCUGCCCUUGUUCCAGGACUUCACAGCUUGCGGCUUUGUGCAGGACUGUGGUUUGCUGAUUCACCCGGAGAAGACCUGUGGCUUACAGCCCAUUUCCUCUGACUACAUUGAAGCCAUUUCACAGCCAAAACUAAAAACCUGUCCGUCUGGGGACACACAAGGACAGUGGAUUGUGCCUUGCCUUAGCUGCUCAGACAACAGGACCUGCGACUGGAGAGAAAUAACGUGGCAACCUCACAACUGCCAGUACGGCGUCCUGACGAAGCCUCAACUUCAGCAGUGCCUGGGAGGAAGGAAGAUUCUUUUCAUUGGAGACUCGACAAACAGGGGGAUAAUGUACUACCUGAUCGAAAAACUGAAUGAAACCCUGCAGGAAUGGCAAAAAGUACACGGUACCAAGUCCUAUCACAACGUCCAUGGUGGAAAGACUUUGAUCAGCUACUCCUACUAUCCUCAGUUCUGGAUAGGCCCUUCAGUGAGGCCAUCAUUUGAGAAAGCACUGGAACAUCUCUUGCAAAGAUCACGUCCCCUAGAGAAUACGGGCCAGACUGUAUUAGUUGUUGGUGGUGUUCAGUGGCUUAAUUCUAACCACCUGCAAAUUAUCCACAAGGUUUUGAAGAGGGAAAAUUUACCCGAUAUCCUGGUGAUCAUCAAAACAUUGGGGAUUGGAUUCCAUCUGCCGGUGGAUGGAGUGCAUUUUUUAACUCAGAGGGAAGUCCAGGACCUAUGGACGGAAAAUGUGAUGAUCCUGAAUGCCGCCAAAAAGUACGGCUAUGAGGUGGUUGACACGUUCCGUCUCACGAUGGGGCGCCACAAAGAGUUCCUGGCGGGGAAGUGCGGAUGCCAUUUCCACGAGGUCGUGAAAUCAAAGUUGUCCAAAGAAUAUCACCUUAUUCAAAUGAAACACUCAAGGAACCAUAUCGUGGGGAGAUAUUUCAGCAUUCAGAACAGACUUCAGCAUCUACAAGACUCUGUAGCAAAUGUCUCCUCUCCGUACCACGUCAGAGGUCCGAUUAAUCAGGUUUAUUCUGAGAUCCUUCUCAGCAGGAUGUGUGCGAGUGAACGGACCGUGUAGAUGUGCCGGAGGAGGAUUGAGCUGGGAGCUGGAGACAAGACGUCCAGCCAGACGCUGCUCUGGGAACCCCAUCCUGGACAGACCAUGUAUUCCAGAUCCACCUCACACCCUGUGCGCACCAUCACACGCACGCACACACUCAAGUGCACUUUUUUCUUCCCAUAGCUUUAUAAGGUCAAGAUAUGGCCCUGAAAGCCCAUUGGUUGCAGAUGGAAAGACAGAGCUAGACAACGGUUACUUGAAGCUUAAUUAAACCAAGACCACUGUGGGUCAGGUAUGACUUUGUGACAGUCGAGAGAAAUCGAGAUACUUGAACUAUGUGCCCAAACAAGGGCAAUGAUCUUGAGAGGAUGUUCUGUCCUCCAUACGUCCGAUAACAGAGAAAGGAGGAAGCCAUUACAUUCCGUUUGCCGGUAGAGAUUGCACUUGGGUCCCUCGUCAGCUGGAAAUGUGGCCCUGACGAUGGCUUUGGCUUUGUGAAUCGAAUGCUUAUCAAAACCAUUUUUCCCAUGUUUUGUAAAUAAGAGCACUGAAGGGGAAAUAAAAGGGAUGGUUCACAAGGAAAUCCCAAGAGCUUCCACGAGAAAAGCAGAGAGUGAAAUAUUUUACCAUUAAAACACCUUUGCACUCCUGCAAUGUUUAUAAACAUUCCUUUCUGUCUGGCAUAAGAAAGGGGUGGGUACCUGCAUCUAGGUGGUUUAAAUGAGUGAUUUUAAAGCAAGGAACGAAUGAUACAUUUCUCACAUCUUGUCUGCUUGUUUCGCUGAUGUUUUUACUUAAGAGAUCUUUUGUUUGCUGUUACAACCUGUGUAAAUUAAGAUUACAAUUAUGUUUUAUGUAAAUAUUUUGCAAAGGGCUUAGGUCUAUUUCCCAGAAAGCAUUUGUCCAUGUUAUAAAUAGGCCUCUGUUACUAGUAUCUGAAUUUUUAGGCCCCUGAGCAAUUCAAGCAGUGAUAUCUAAUCCAAAUUUAGAGUAGACAUCGAAUUAUGUUUUAGUAAAGCUUAGCAAACCUAAAAAAUACCUAAUUUUGGUAUUGAGAACUUUCUCUUCUAUAUUUUAAGUUCAAAAUGGCAAAUUUCCUUACUCUGUUUUAGCACCUGGUGAGGUAACACCUCACAGGUACAAUGUUUUGUUUGUUUGUUUGAAGAUAAUUUUUAGUUGAGGGGGAUAUAGCUGAGAGCUAAAACUGCCAAAUGUAAAAAUACCUCCGUUCCAUUGGGACUGUUGUUAGCUGCCAUCAAACCCGUUCUGGCCCCUACCAACCUGUGCUGUGCCAAUUCACCAUGGUUCUUCUGUUGGAGGCCAUUCUUGCAACCACGGAGUGGGUCCUUCUCAUUGAGGGUCUCCCCCCUUUCCACUGACCUUCUACUGUGCCAAGCCCGAUGUCCUUCUCCAGGGACAG